AUGCGAACUGCACCAUUAUUGUGCGGUAGUAGGAUGCCAAGUGCGGUCACACUAACUAUUAUGCGACAAGCAAAUGACCAGAAUCAGAGAGCUUUGAUUGAAGCUUAUUUAGAAUACUUGGCUUCCACCAUUCCUUUGUCACUCUUCUUUGCUUUGCUCCUUUUCAUCAGCCCCUCCAGCGCCAAAACCUCUCCCAAACCUCGAGCUCUUCUUCUUCGAGUAACCAAAGAUGCAGCCACUAAACAAUACGUCACUGUCAUUCGCCAAAGAACUCCUCUUGUCCCUAUCAAACUAACUGUAGAUCUUGGCCAAAGAUUUUUAUGGGUUGAUUGCGAAAAGGGAUACGUUAGUUCAUCUGUAAAAUCUGUUCUCUGUGAUUCUACGCCAUGUAAUCUUUCUAGAUCUGGCAUGUGUUCUGGUAAUUGUUCAGGUUCAUCAAUUCGUGAGCCAGGGUGCACUUGUUCUCACUUACCAUAUAACCAUAUCACACGUACUAACACUGGCUGUGAACUUAAAGAUGAUGUUAUUUCUCUCCAAUCUACUGAUGGAUCCACUUCUGGUCCAAUUGUUUCAUCUUCUAAUUUAGUUUUUGAUUGUGUCGUGGCGUUCUUACUUGAAGGUCUAGCUAAAGGAAUUGAGGGUAUAGCUGCACUUGGAAAUGGCUUUGUUGGACUUCCUACACAAUUAGCUACUGCUUUUAAAAUACCCCGCAAAUUUGCUCUUUGUUUGAGCUCUUCCACAAGUUCUUCUGGAGUUAUAUUUUCGGUCAUGAUCCUUAUGUUUUUCUUCCAGCGAUUGAACUUAAAAAAAGAUGGACAAGGGCGUAUAAAAAUCAGUACGGUUGAUCCUUAUACU